UCGCAAAGGCUCCCGCAGUUUCCCACGACCCUCGCUCCUUAGCAUGAGAGACCGCGCAGAGAGGUGGGAGGGAGGCCGAGACCUCCCUCGAUGCCUCGCACCUGGAGCCGCCUGAAGCUCCGGGAAGGAUUUGGUCUGUGACCCUUGAAGGACUGGCCGGGACAUAACGUCGGUAUUCACUUCCCCCACCAUGGGCAAUGCGCAAGAGCGGCCCUCAGAAACGAUCGAUCGCGAGCGGAAACGCCUGGUGGAGACGCUGCAGGCCGACUCCGGGCUGCUGCUGGAUGCACUGUUGGCGCGGGGCGUGCUCACCGGGCCCGAGUACGAGGCGCUGGACGCGCUGCCGGAUGCCGAGCGCAGGGUGCGCCGCCUGCUGCUGCUGGUGCAGAGCAAGGGCGAGGCCGCCUGCCAGGAGCUGCUGCAUUGCGCCCAGCGGACCACGCGGGCGCCCGACCCCGCCUGGGACUGGCAGCACGUGGGCACCGGCUACCGGGAACGCAGCUACGACACUCCAUGCCCUGGCCACUGGACACCCGAGGCACCUAGCUUGAGGACCACUUGCCCCGAAGUGCCCAGAGCUUCAGACUGCGACGAGGCUGGGGUUCCCGGGGGCUCCGAGGCAGUGCAAUCCGGAACGCCCGGGGAACUCAAUCCGGAGCUGGAAGCUGGGGCCUCUGAUGAGGCUGGGCAGGAUUUGGAACCAGAACCAGAGGCAGAGGCAGAACCAGAACCUGAACUGGAGCCAGAUCCCGAAGCCGAGCCAGAGGCUGAGGCGGGUGACGAGGCGGAUGAUGAGUCUGAAGAUUCCUGAAUGCCUGAGCACUGACAGGCCGCCCCUGCCCAAGCCGGAUAGGACCUGGGAUCCUGCCCUGGCAUUGGGGGGGGGGUGGGGGGGGGUGCCACCAAGUCUCCAUCUGACCCGGUACCACUAGAAGUGAAUAAACUCCGGAGGGUCAGCCUGGGGUCUCU